AUGGAGAGAUUAAACAGCGAUUGUGGAUCAAAAGAGGUUAGUACGGUAUAUGCAUGUCAUUAACUUCAAAUAUUAACCCAUUGAGUGGCAGCACUUUCCCCCUGACGAGUAAAAUAAUAAAGUGGGGUGCAUCUGGGCACAUUGCCACUUAAUUUAAAGGGUUAAUCAACCUGUAUUUCAUCACUGACUACCUUAUGCUAGUUUGUUAUGCACAUCAUUGCAGAUUACGCAUUAUUCUGCAUAUAGUACUAUUGUAUCUAGUAAAAGAGGCACUUUAAAAUGCAUUGCCCGGGAUGGAUGGGUGAAUGCCCAGUGCAAAGAAAGCUUUAAGGAGUUUAAGGGUAUACAAUUUAUAAAUACUUACUGUAUACAGUAAAUUAAAAUUAAUAUCUUAUUUACAAUUUUCAGGCACUGCUGCUCAUGACAGACUAGAAACCACUCUUACAAAGAAAGUUCUAUUGAAUGACAUAAGAAUGCUGUCUCCAGAUGCCCAGACAAGUGCAGUAGAAGGUUUUCAUGCCACGUUAAACUUCUGGCACCCUAAGAUGCUCCACUUUUCUUGGUUAGGUACUACAUGCAGGUACAUACAGUAAUUUGAUUCCUUUGAAAUUGAUAUUAAAAAUCUAAUGUGUACAGUGCAAGCUGUAAUUAUUGAUAACUUAUCAUUUCUAUGGCAAAUAGGCACAUUCUGGCAAGUCUCCACUUUAAUGAAAAUGUCAGUAGGGAAACCAAAAAAUCUAUAAGUGGAUCAAAGUACUACAGAGUAACAUAUCCAAAGUUUAAGCUUGGUGAUGAGGUUGUAAGAGAAGUUCCAGUUUCACCGACUUAUGGUAAGAGUAACACCUUUUGGAAGGGAGUUUUAAUGAAGUUUAGAAAUGGUGAAAUAAUUUUAGUCAUACUAGUUUCAUUAGCAACAUUAGUGCUAGUGUAUAUUUGCUUGAACUCCAAGUUCUUAUUGUAUUUUUCAGGUAGACUGAUGCAACUUCACUGCAGUAUCUUCAAUAUUGGCUGGCACUAAUGUGACAUUUUUCUUAUUUAUAGGAUAUGUUGACUCCAUGAAAGAACUCUUGUUUUCUUUAAGUCGUGAAGAAAUGAAAACUAUAUUAUCAAAGUAUAUCAAGAAAACUCCAAAGCCUCUCAACUUCCAGUUUUCUGAGAAACUAUCCAAAUCAGAGGCAGUCAAGAAAUUUCAAGCUAAACAACAAAGAAACAACACCCCCCUUUUUCCACCAGGUGCAGUGCUAAUGUGCAGUACGUAUUUUGUAGUUCUAUUCCUGAAAUAUCAAUAA